CACAAAGAAGCCUCCCCCCCUCCAUUUGUGUCUCUACACUAACCGUGCAGACAAAGACAUCGCUCCUUCCUGCUGGGAGCACUGCCUCUUACAGCCCACCUCCUACACGCUCAAUAGGACAUCUCCCCAAUUGUCUUGCCAGUCGCGCCUGACUUUUCGUCACCUCGCAGCUUCCGGUCUGCCUCGCGCCUGCCGCAACCAUGGCGGACAUGGAUCCCGAGCUCGCUUUCCUCAACUCACAGGCCGAGUAUGAUCCCGCCGGCGACUACUCCACCAGCGGCAUCGGCCACCCCGAGCCUGUCGCCGACGAUGGAGAGGAGGACGAGUACGACCCAUCCGCCCUCCCCCCUUCUUAUCCUGACGGCAAUGACCGCUCUCCCUCCGAUCAGUCAGCCUCUAUGCCAGAGUCUCCUGGCAAUACUCCGUCCCCAGCGACCGAGAACGCGCUCAAGCCGCAACCUGCCGACGCUGCUUCUGCUGUGCCGACGCCGCCCAAGCAGCCUCGCACCAUGGGUGGAUUCGUCGACGAGAGUGAAGACGACGAGGAUGAUGUGCCAGUUUCGAGACCGAUGGCGGCUGGAUCUGCGUUGUUGAAUGCCUCGGGGGGUUCGUCUGCUACACCACAGCGUUCGCUUACUCAAACUCCAAACAAUACACUGCCCCCCUCUACCAAUGUACCGUUACAUAGUGCACAAGACCAGGGUCACUCUGGUGUUUCCUCCUCCACUUUUGUUACUGUCAAUGACGCUGCUCCCACUGUUGCUUCGUCUCUUCCUGGUGCUGGUACGCCUGCGCCAGACGCUACUAAAUCAGCAGUCCCAGAUCGGCUGAACACUGUCUCAGCACGUCCUUCUACCACUCCAGUCACUCCAGUUGCUACUUCUCUUCCGAAGCCACGUCUCUCACAGGAUCGAGUUGGCAUUCUUGAAGAUAGAAUCGCUGAAGACCCUCGUGGUGACAUGGAGGCAUGGCUAGAUCUAAUUGCAGAACACCGAAAAAGACACAAGAUCGAUGACGCCCGAGCCGUAUACGAUAGAUUCUUUAAAGUGUUCCCCUCAGCGGCGGAGCAAUGGGUUCAAUACGUCCAGAUGGAGACAGACCUCGACGAGUUUAGUAGAAUCGAACGCUUGUUUGAGCGAUCUAUCAUGGCGACUCCACAUGUUGAUCUAUGGUCAACCUACAUCAGCUACAUUCGACGUCGCAAUAAUUUGACCACUGAUCAGUCAGGCAAUGCUCGUCAAAUCAUUACACAGGUCUACGAAUUUGUCUUGGACAACGUAGGCAUCGAUGUCAACUCUGGUAGGAUAUGGCAUGAGUACAUUGAAUUCAUUAAGUCUGGCCCCGGAAUUGUUGGCGGUAGCAAUUGGCAAGAUAUGCAGAAGAUGGAUACACUGCGGAAAGUCUAUCAACGAGCCAUUGCUGUUCCUACGAGUGCUUUGCUCGAAAUCUGGAGGGAGUAUGACAGGUUUGAACUCAGUUUCAAUAAAGCAGCAGGCCGGAAGAACCUCCAAGAAAAGUCACCCUUCUACAUGACCGCGCGAAGCGCGAACAAUGUCCUCGACAACAUUACUAGAGGGAUUGACCGAACAACCUUACCCAAACUCCCACCUCGGCCAGGUUUCGACGGUUAUGAUGAUUACAUGACGCAGGUCAACAUGUGGAAGCAUUGGAUCCAAUGGGAAAAGGACGAUCCGCUUAUUCUUAAAGAAGAUGAUCGUGCUCUCAUGAACAAACGUAUCGUGUAUCUCUACAAACAUGCCCUCAUGGCCCUCCGCUUCUGGCCUGAGUUGUGGUAUGAUGCUGCUGAGUGGUGUUUCCAGAAUAAUAUGGACAAGGAGGGAAAUGAAUUCCUUGCGCAAGGCGUCGAGGCCAACCCAGAGAGCUGUUUGCUCGCCUUUAGAAAAGCCCAUCAAGUUGAGUUGUCCGGUGAAUUCGAAGAUGGCGAGGCAGGAAUCAUUCGCAAAGGAGAAGCCGUUCGUGAGCCAUUCAACAAAGUUUUGGACGCACUGUAUGAUCUUACCAAUCAAACAAAAAGGCGAGAAGAGCAUUCCCUUGUUCGGGCGAAAGAAACUUUCGAGGCCCAGAGGGCAGCUGAUGAAGCCUCCCGAGCUAACUCUGACGGAGGGUCUGACGAGGACGGAGGGCAGGAUGACGAUGAUGAGGAGGCCGCGAAGCAAGCGAAAGAGAAAGAAGCGAGGUUCCAGGCACAGCUCCAAGCUAUCUCGACGGGGUAUAACGCCGAGAUCCACGACCUGAAGAAGACCAUUUCUUACGCUUGGAUCGCUUUGAUGAGGACUAUGCGACGCAUUCAGGGUAAAGGAUCCCCUGCGGGCACGCCUCCAGGCUUCCGAGGGAUAUUUGCUGAAGCUCGAAAGAAGGGCAGACUUCUCAGCGAUGCCUAUGUAGCGAGCGCGCUGAUCGAGCAUCAUUGUUACCAGGACCCGGCCGCAGCUAAAAUUUUUGAGCGCGGCAUGAAACUCUUUCCUGACGACGAGAACUUUGCAUUGGAGUACAUCAAGCAUCUCGUCAAUCAGAAUGAUGCAACCAAUGCACGAGCGGUAUUUGAGACAGUAGUAAACCGAUUGACACAGAAGCCAGGUUCGAUUGGACGAGCCAAACCGCUCUUCAAGUAUUUUCACGAAUACGAGUCUCAAUUUGGCGAACUUGCUCAGAUUAUCAAACUGGAGAAGCGCAUGACCGACCUAUUUCCCGAAGACCCGCGGCUCCUCCUCUUCUCUCAGCGAUUCUCUACCACGACGUUUGACCCAACGAUCGCUCGGCCUGUCAUCUCGCCCAAGACACAGAUGAAGCCAGUCAUGAUGCUUCAGCCAACAAUAGAAGAGCCUUUGGUACCGCUACCACCCCCUCAAGAGAAGCGACCGUCACCAGUUCUGAACUCCCCGCGAGUUCCCCCUGCUUCUCUUUUCCCUAUCACCAAUUCGCCCAAACGCCCAUUUGAUGAAUCAGAUAGCGACUUCACACAGCCUCGAAAGAUGAUCCGCGGAGAAUCACCGCUCAAGGGAGCUGCAGGCCGACGACUAGAUGCUGCUAGGCGCAACAUGGCUCGUACGUCGGAGGGCAUGUCAACCCUUCCCGUUGCUCCUCCACCACCAGAUUUGCCAAGGGACGUCAAGCACCUCCUCCACCUCAUCCCUGGUGCGCAUACCUAUAAAGAGACUCGAUUCAUUCCUGAAAUGUUGGUUCGUCUUUUGCAGACUGUUGACCUGUCCAAAGCGAACCUGGCUGCUAGACCGCCGACUCUGGCUCCCAGCCCAGCUCCAGCAACGCCCUCCUUCCCCCCUCCUCCAAUGGGCGCCUGGGGCCCACCUCCAGCUGGAAUGAGUGGUUUCUACGGACGGUGAUUUCCUUCUACGGGCAACCAGAGGUCUGCUUCUCUCAACACCAUAAUUUUCUUCUUUCAUCUCGCCUAGCUGGUAAUAAACCCAGUUUGCGCAGGACAAUACAAUGACUAUCGUGGAAUGAGUUUGUUUUACUCAAGUACAUGACAAACUACAUGUUUCAAUGAGGUUCCUUCGCAUGAUUCGGCGUUCAUGGUUGCCUACAAGAAGCCCGUAAGUAGACUCAGACAGGUCUCAGGUUUCAGGUUCAGAUUGGCGUCAGCACAAAACAAUCUUGAUAUUGAAUGGUGGGUUUUACUUUCCUUCCUCUGUGUGUCUAAAAUUCCAUGGCCUUGUGUGUCAGAUUCAGGUUGGCGUAGGCACAAAGCGAUUUUUGGAUUCGGUGGUAGGCACUGCUUUCUGGCCUGGGUGUAUCUACAACUCCAUAGCCAUGUGUACUCUACUCCAACAGAAAUUCAGUCAGCAGCUGUCUGGAGAUGUUCCUUUC